AUGUUUGGGUUGAUAAGAAGCAAUUUGGUUAGCUCUAUCAAGCCUACCACAAUAAUGACAAGUUCAGUUCCAGUUUUAAGUUCAUCAACUUUUGGAUCAUCCUUUUCUAUAUUCAAAAGAUUUAGACAUGAAUAUUCUCCAAGAGUUAAAGUAGUUAGAAAAGCACAAAAGGGAAGAGUUUCAGUAAGAACUGGUGGAUCUAUUAAAGGAAAUAGUUUAGCAUUUGGGAAACUUGGAUUAAGAUUGAAAUCAAAUGGAAUUAGAUUUAAUGCUAAUCAACUUCUAGCAGCUGAUAAGGUUCUUAAGAGAGAAUUAAGACCUAGUCGUUCUCAAUUGAUUACUAGAUUUGUUUGUGAUUUAGCGGUUUGUGUUAAAGGUAACCAAACUAGAAUGGGUAAAGGUAAAGGUUCAUUUGAUCAUUGGGCAUGUAGAGUUCCUACUGGUAAAGUUUUGUUUGAAAUUAAGGGGGAUAUUCAUGACAAAAUUGCUAGAGAAGCUUUAAGAAAAGCAGCAGCUAAAUUACCAGGGCUUUUUGAAAUUAUUGAUGAAAAAUCAAAGAUUAGAGUUAGUCCAACUUGUUUAAUCGAUAAACCAGAACCAAUUAAUUAUGAAGAGAAAUUCAAUGAAAAUCCAAGUAAGAAAUGGAAGAAUAUUCAAGAAAAUAAAAAUGAUUCAAUGUAUACUUUAUAUAGUGGUAGGUAA